GCCACUUAAUCAGCCACCCGUUUUGGUAGAUCCCAUCUACUUACCCCGUGUGUGAGUACUUCCCAUUGAAUGACCACGAACAAGUCAAUGGUUGUGUGGUCUCCUUCUGCUUUUACAGAUGACUUGAAGAUAUACGAGCAGAUCUCUUUGUGUAGAACCCUACGUUUUUAAAGCUUGCUUUGCAACCAACAGACCAGACCGACCUUGACCUGUUUCCCGGCCUCCGGUCCCGUAAUUGACUCAACGGACGCAGUCAAUGCAUGAUUCAGUCAUUGAGUCCUUGAUUAUAUGUGCACGAGCCGGCUCUGCAUGAUCGCCUUCUUUGCGACACUGCUAUAGGCACGAUACCUAUUUGGUGCGACGGGAGUUGGUAUUUAAAGCGGAAGCGCGGGGCUUGGGGAAGCUGCGAAUUUCAUUUUGUGGAUUCGAAGAGUCAAGAUUAGGAAGGGAAAGAAUAGACGUCGAUACUUCUAUGCGGACGAACUGGAUUUCGAAGAUUGUAUUAUAUUUAUCGUGAGAAAUCGCAUUGCGAAAGGAUUCGAAAUAGUUGAUUGAGGUUGGAUUCGAUUCUCCGCGCUUGCGCUGCGCAUCGGGGUCGACGGGCCUGUUGGCAUUCAAGCUUGUUAUUUUACGAAGCGGUCGAAUAUUACACUGCACGAAGUGGGACAUAGAAGUCUUAGAGCUUAAAUUAGGAGUUGUUUAUUGGUAUCGGCUACGCAGGCAUCAUGGCCGUGGAGAAAUCAACCGGUAGAAUGGACGAAGAGAAGGGCCUCGCCAGUGGCGCAGAUGCUGAGGUUGUAGACGCUGAUGAUUUGGCUGUCCAAUGGCUUUGUGGAUGGUCCAGAUGUGUUACAAGGAAAAGGCUGCCUGGGGCGGCGACAUGGCUGGAGCUUAUAGCAGUUGCUCUAUUAGUAACAAUGCUAUACUACCAGCAACACACGUUGGGAUGCUUGGGAUUGGCAAUGUUCGGAUUUGGUAGUGCGGCUGCGUUACCUAAUACUACUCUACCUUCAUAUGUAUUUGAAUAUGCACCAAUCGUCUGGUUAGAUCAAUCAGAAAUGUAUUUUCCCUCGGACAUAUACGCUCAAGUCCUUAAUACUAAACCUUAUGUCAAUCGUUCAUUGAUACCCGAGGACACCCUUCCAUCUCCUCUCAAUCUUGAGACAAUUGAUAAACUGAACAAUUGGGGUCUAGAUGUCUAUCUAACAUCCACAGUUGAUAUCACCACCUCCCCUUCCUACCUAACCGGAGUUGUCCCUUCUUCCACAACCGGUCGCACACAAGAUGCCAUCUCCUGUUCCGUAAUUCUGACCGAUCACGGAGAUGGUUUGGUCGAUGUCUUCUACAUGUAUUUCUAUGCCUACAAUCAAGGAAAUACAGUACUUGGUCAAGAGCUAGGUAACCAUAUAGGAGACUGGGAACAUAACAUGAUUCGAUUUGUAAACGGUACCCCUCAAACGGUCUGGUAUUCGCAACAUGCAAAUGGACAAGCUUUCUUAUAUUCGGUUGUUGAGAAGAAUGGAAAGAGACCAAUUGCUUAUUCGGCAAGAGGAAGUCAUGCUAAUUAUGCGAUUUCGGGAACGCAUGAUCAUACAAUCCCGGAUUUAAAUUUGCCAGCGGGAUUACUUCAAGAUUAUACAUCGAGAGGAACGAUAUGGGACCCGGUUCUCUCAUCGUAUUUCUACACGUACGAUAUUUCGACUAAAAAAUUCUCGAAAGCAAGUGAGGAUAGUCCAGUACAGGCGAUGGAGUAUUUGGGGAAAUGGGGAGAUGCACAGUAUCCAGAGGAUGAUAAGAGACAGAAGAAAUUCUUUGGCUUCUGGAAGUAUGUGGGAGGACCAACGGGACCAGCGACUAAGGGGUUGGUGAGGGACAAGGUUUGUCCUGACAAUGGGAUUUUGUGUAUUAUCAGAGAUAUCUUGGUUCCUUAAUGAGGAAUUCUUAGCUUUUGCUUGGAUCUUUUCUUUGGGUGGGAUGACUGAUGGGUCCGAAUGAGGGUAUGGUGCUUAGAGUGUUUUUCAUUACUGUUUGUGGGAUGGAAUUUUUGCGGAAUGGGUUGGUUUGGGGUUCUUGGGGGUUUUCAUUGUGUGAUGGGAUAGAUGACAAUUCAUUGGUUUUGGGAUGGUGUAUGGGUAGAUGAUAUGAUACGAUAUGAUAUGAGACGGCAAGUCAGGAUGGGAUGCGAUGCGAUGGAACGGGUCAUAGAUUGUACGAUUCGGGUUCUUUUAUGAAAGCUAACGAAUGGCUGGAUGAGAUGAGAUGAAGUUGGAUUACCAUAAAGUGUGGUAUGGAAUGAGAUGAGGCGAGGUGAGAUAAGACGGCUUGAGUUGGAAAUUGUUAUAAAUAGAUGGAUGGAGAAUAGUGGAUGGUGGAUGGUGGAUGGUGGAUAUAAAUGUCUGGGUAUAUAUAUAGUGUAGUGUAGUGUAGUGUAGUAUACAAUGAGAUUAUGUCUAUAUUGAAUUCA